AUGGCGCGCAUGAACGUCGGGCAAACCUUCUGCUCAGAGACCACGCCUAUGCCUACACCACGACUGGCACGACUGGCCACGCUCAUCGGCCGGGGUCCGUAUUCCGAUGGACCUGAACGAGCCCCAACACCUUGGCACACCCGCCAUCUUGCAUACCACGUGGUUACAGGUGUCACAGUUGCCAAAGAACUCUCCAUCAUGUCGCACGGUGUUCAGGGCAUAUCGCCCCAACCCGCUCUUGGUCAGAACGGCUAG